UCCGCCCAACGAAUAUGAAAUGAAAAAGUCCACAUCCACAACUAAAACCAAAACAGCCAAGAAGACCAAAACAAUUGUAGAUAAUCGACGUAAGGGAGGAGGAGGAAGCGGCGGAGGAGCACGUUAUGAGGAGAGAAAACAUAAACAAAUGAAAGCUUUGAAAGAACAACGAAAAUAUCAGAAACAUAAGGAAGGGCGGGGAAAGGCAAGCGAGGGUAGCGAAAUGUUAACCAUUACAACGGGACAGAGUCAAGAAAAACUAAAUGACGGCGGUAACGCCUACAUUGAGGGCUAUUACGAGGAAGACGAUGAUGAAGACGAUGCAGAAGAUAACAACACCAGCCUGGUUCCUGAUGAGGUCAGCAGCGAAAGUGAUUUAAAUAUUUGAGACCCCGGCAGCGGAGUAAGCUGAGAAAUGCGCAGCAGGCCAAGCGGGAGCGUAGCAAAUCACGUGGAGGAAAUGGUGGAGGAGGAG